UCACCUUUCAAGUGCCAACAAACGUCUCCGUGUUUCUCAUUCAUUUUUCCAUUCCACAUUUGAAGAAUAAAUACAUUUCACAGCAGUGUGUAAAUUUUAUAUAAAUACUAAGAAAUAAAAGUUUAUAGCACAUAUCAGUUUAAUAUAGUGUUAAUUAAGAUUAUUGGCUUUGUUCGUCGUGGGUUUUAUUUAGACAGAAAACAGCUGAGUCACAAGUCACAGUGCUUGCCCAAGGUUACCCAUAUUUCCAGAUUUUAAUUGUGUAUUUCAUCUUUUAGAAAAAAUGUUUAUUUGGGAUUGGUUUACUGGAGUUUUAGGAUAUCUAGGCUUAUGGAAGAAAUCUGGCAAGCUACUCUUCCUAGGGUUGGAUAAUGCAGGAAAAACAACUUUAUUGCACAUGCUUAAGGACGAUAGGUUGGCACAACAUCUUCCUACAUUACAUCCCACUUCGGAGGAAUUAUCAAUUGGCAGCAUGAGGUUUACUACUUUUGAUCUUGGUGGUCACUCUCAAGCCAGAAGAGUGUGGAAGGAUUAUUUCCCAGCGGUUGAUGCUAUUGUCUUUUUGAUAGACGCGAAUGACCGUUCUAGAUUUGUAGAAAGUAAGCAAGAAUUGGAUUCCCUGCUCACGGACGAAACUCUUUCUAAUUGCCCAGUACUUAUCCUCGGAAAUAAAAUUGAUCUACCAGGUGCUGCUUCUGAAGAUGAAUUAAGAAAUUUCUAUGCCUUGUACGGGCAAACUACUGGAAAGGGUAAAGUAGCAAGGUCGGAUCUCCCCGGACGUCCAUUAGAAUUAUUCAUGUGUUCCAUUUUGAAAAGACAGGGAUACGGAGAAGGUUUUCGUUGGUUGGCUCAGUACAUCGACUGAAUAAAAUAUAAUUUUCUAUUCAAUAAACAUUUACAACAGGACUGUUAAAUAAAUGGUUUGAUUAAGAUUUAAUUGCAGUGAAACUCUAUAGGUAAUUAUUUUUGUUAUAUUUAUUUUAAUGUCUGUUGCCUAAAAACUUGAAUGUAAAAUGAAUACUGUAAAUGUAUAAUUUAUUUUACCUGUAUAUUUAAUUAUUAUCUAUAUUGUUUCAUCUCAACAUAUUUUCUAUAAAAUAAAUCUAAAUUAGUAAGGUAUCAUUUGUAUUUGUGGGGGUAAACUUUUACAACUUUUUGUCUUAAGAAAAUAUGAAUAAAGCAUGAAACUUACAAACUGAUAUUCUGAUCUCGUAUAUAUAAAAUCGUAACCGGCUGAGGUAAAUAAAUUUUUAUAUAACACAUGUGAGGUCAGAACAUGAGUUGUACAAAUAUUUUUCACAUUUUUAAAUUUGAAUAAAGAGUCGGCAGCAAAAUAUUUUGCGGAAUUCAAAUUCAGCUAUGGAAAAUGAUAUUAAUUUGCAGUAUUUUGUGUUCAAAUUCAGCACCAGUGCUAUUAUUAGUUACCUAAUUUUUUUUGUAAAAGUGCGAAAUACAGAAUUUUGUUGAAUAAAAUUGCUUUAUAUAA